CUGCUCAUGUUCACAAAAAACGUGAAAAAGUCGAGCUUUCAACCUGAUGGUCAAGCGAACGGACAUAGGGCAGAAAGCUUGACAAAGGAGGAACAGAAACAAAGUUUUGUGGAAAAUAAGACCAUCAAGCCAUCAGACGUUUUACAUUUAAAACAGCCGACAGAAGGAUAUUUAUGCCCAACAAACAAGAACGAUUAUGAUAUCCAGUUUUUAAGUUUUUGUUUACGCGAUUUGGACUCCAAUUCGACACUUUUUUCGGUGAGCAGACCAACGACAAAUUCUUGUUCAUUCACCGACACAGGAACGUGUAAGCAGUCGCGUUACUCACAUUUUCUUCAGCGGAUCAAGAUGUGGGGCGCUGUGUACGAUACCAUUUUAGCCCGGAGUUUCUGCGCCUUAAGACAGUGGGUGCAAUGUAAGGAAAAUUUCACCGCAUUUCUGACAAGCAGGGUCGAAUUUUCAGUAGGAGAUAAUCCAAUUGAGGAAUUCCGCAUGAUUGAGAACCACUAUUUUCGGAAAAAGCUGUUGAAAAGUUUUGACUUCAACUUUGGGUUUGUCAUUCCAAACUCAUCCAACACGGUUGAACAUAUCUAUGAGUUACCGAAAUUGUCGAACAAGGAAAUCAAAGAUAUGGUCUCAAGCCCAUAUGAAACACAAUCUGACAGCUUCUACUUCGUGAACGGGGUGCUAGUUAUGCACAACAAGGCAUACUACGCUUACAACAAAUGA